UGGAGGUAUUAUUUUCUGCAUGUCCUGGGUCGGUCUGGUUUGUGCAUGCAGCAACUGGAGUUGGCGCAGGCCAAUGGGAGGUUACGUAAUUGGCGCACACCUGCUAGAAUCGUUCGAUGUCGCCCAAGAAUUUGCUCACGCGCACGGGGUACAAAAGCGAGCUCGCUGUCCUCACGCAUCUUUCCACCGUUCCCACUCGUCCUCACACCCUCCACGUCGCUGCGAACGAUACUCGUAGCAUAGGGUUUGGUCAAGAUGUCGUUCCCGGACAGUAUUCAUGCCCAGUUGUCGGUCUUCGUCGACCAUGUCAAGGAGUUCAUCGCAACUACUCCGACUUCUCGCUUGAUUUUGCUUGCUUUGGUGAACCUGCCAAUUAUUUCGAUCAUCCUAAAUGUUAUAUACCAACUGUUGCCGCGUGACAAGUCGAAGCCACCUCUCGUAUGGCAUUGGAUUCCCAUCUUUGGUUCUGCGGCGGCCUAUGGUCAAGAUCCUAUCAAGUUCUUCCUUGAUUGCAGGGACAAGUACGGAAAUGUCUUUUCUUUCAUUCUCCUUGGACGUCGCGUGACGGUUGCCCUCGGUCCUGACGGAAAUAACUUUAUUAUGGGCGGCAAACACACUGUCAUGUCUGCAGAGGACGCCUAUACUCACUUAACGACUCCCGUCUUUGGCAAAGAUGUGGUCUACGAUUGCCCUAAUGAACUCCUCAUGGAACAGAAGAAAUUCGUCAAGUACGGUCUCCGCAACGACAAUUUCCGUGCCUACGUUGGCAUGAUCGAAGACGAGGUCCUCCAAUUCAUGAACAAGGACUCUUCUUUCCGCGCCUACCAGAUGAACGACAUUAACGAAUGGGGCUCUUUCGACGUCCUGCAUGCUAUCUCCGAAAUCACUAUCUUGACGGCUUCAAGGACUCUUCAAGGCAAGGAGGUUCGGGAUGCGCUCGACAAGACCUAUGCCCAGGUCUACGCUGAUCUUGAUGGCGGCUUUACUCCCCUUCACUGGCUUUUCCCUCACCUGCCUCUUCCCAGCUACCGCAAGCGUGAUGCCGCGCACAAGAAGAUGAGCCAAUUCUAUAUUGAUAUCAUCCAAAAGCGCAGAGAAUCUGGUAACCAGUCUGAAGUUGAUAUGAUCGCAGCUUUGAUGGAUCAAAAGUACCGUAACGGCAAGAUUUUGCAAGACCACGAAAUCGCUCACAUCAUGAUCGCACUUCUCAUGGCUGGUCAACACACUAGUUCGGCCACUGGUUCAUGGAUUCUUCUCCACCUUGCUGACAAGCCAGAGGUUGCUGAGGCACUCUACCAAGAACAAGUCAAGCACUUCCGCCAACCCGAUGGCUCCUGGCGAUCCAUGCAAUACGAAGAAAUCCGAGAACUCCCCGUCCUCGACUGCGUCAUCCGCGAGACCCUCCGCAUGCACCCACCCAUCCACAGUAUCAUGCGUAAAGCCCGUUCCGACGUUCCCGUCCCUCGAACUCUGGCUGCUCCCUCAGAAGACGGUACUUACGUCGUUCCUCAAGGCGAUAUCCUUCUGUCUAGUGCUGCCGUCAGUCAGGUUGACCCUUUGCUUUGGAGGAACUCCUUUGAGUGGGAUCCUACGAGGUGGAACGACCCUGAAGGUGUUGCGCAACAGGCGUAUAAGCAGUAUGAUGAUGCGAAUGGCCAGAAGGUUGACUUUGGGUUUGGGUUGGUGAGUAAGGGAACAGAGAGCCCGUAUCAACCGUUUGGUGCAGGUCGUCAUCGUUGCAUUGGUGAACAAUUUGCAUACCUGCAACUCAGCACUGUCCUCGCCACCUUGAUCCGUCGUGUUGAGCUCAGGCUCGACCACCCUGUACCUGGGCCCAAUUACCAGACCAUGAUCAUAUUACCCAAGACGCCUCGUAACAUCCUCUACAGGCGAAGGGAGUUUGAUUGAUUUUGUCGAGCUUCCGAAAGCUUGGACUCAUUGUAGAUGACAUUUGUUUUGCUUAUACCCUAGUUGAAAGUACCACCACCACCACUUUAUUACGCUUAGAACUUAAUGGGAUUUGCAUUUAAUGCUGUGGAUUGUACGACUUUUGUGUGGUUGUUCUGACGUCUUCGAACCGGAAGCCGAUGUGGAAGGUAGAUAUUGAGCUCUCAUCCAACGUUGUAAGUCGUUCUGUAAAACUUCUGUUUGACAUUGACUUCGUAGGAGUGUACAGGAAUAAAGGUACAAGUGGGACUAUAAAAAAUGCAGAAAGAUGAUAGAAUCUAGAGUCCGGGGAUUAUAAUAGGGUUCAUCCAAGAUACAAAGUAUUCGAGACCAUUUGGGAAAUGACGAGUUCGUGUCAAACGUUCAGGUCGGGUCCAGCCC